AUAGAAUAGACUUUGUAUACUAUGCAUGCACGCAUUUCGUUACUCAGUUGUGGUGUUUUGAGUGUGCUCGCCACCCUGUGCCGCCUGUCCUGCCCUGUACCCAGGUGCACUCGGUGCUCCUUCACCUUAGCAGACUGUAGACGGGGGCGAAAGAGACGACGGAAGGCGGCGCGGAGGGAUGAGAGGAUGAGAGAGAGAGAAUGUGUACGUGUGUGUGUGUGUGCGCGCGGGGGAGGGAAUCAGGGCGAGAGUGGGGGGUGUGAGAGUGUGGGAGUGUGAGAGAGUCUGAGCGGAAGAAUAUGACCAUCAAUUCAGUCCUUAAAGACGCCCUUCCUUCUCUCCUCCCUUUUCUUUUUCCCAGAG